AGUUUUGGGGCCAUGUGGCUGAAGGAAAAACCACCAUAAUUCCUUUUGGGUACUGAGGCUGAGAUUUGUGUUAGGUUUAUUCCAGUAAUCAUUAUGACAGUGAAAGAUCCUGAUAUUAUUGUGUGUGUGUGUUUGUUUCUGCAGCUUAUUCUCACAGUGUUGGUGCUCUACAGCAGCACAGUAUCAUUAAUACUCGCUCAAAAUGAGACCACGUAUCUGCGAGAGCUUCCCACUGGCCAGAAACUGUUGUGUAACCGCUGCCCUCCAGGUUACCGUCUGCAGAAGCACUGCACUGCGACACAUCAAACCAUCUGCAAGCCCUGUGAUGAAGGAUUAUACACCGAGGUCUGGAACUACAUCUAUGCGUGUCUACCAUGCAGAUGGUGUCGGCCAGAUCAGGUGGAGGUACAGAAGUGCACGAAUUCCACUAACCGUGUGUGUGGGUGCAAGGAAGGCUUUUAUCUCGACUCGGACAUCUGCCGGCCACAUUCGGUGUGUCCAAGUGGAUACAGAGUCAAAGAAAAAGGUACUCCACUGAAAGACACGGUGUGUGUGCCUUGCCGGAGGAGACGUUCUGCAGACGGACGCUUGGAAUGUGAUCCACGCACAGAGUGCAAAUCAGACGAGAGGCUUCUGGUCCAUGGCACCAGUUAUAUGGAUAAUGUGUGUGUUAGCUGCAGCAGUAUCACACGUGAUGGUUGGGUAAAAUUCAUCAUCCAGCCCUUUAUAGAAAUCUUCAAGAAUCACAGCACACGGAAAUUACAGCGCUUCAUCUGGCAGUUAACAAAUUCAUCAGACAGAUGUUUAUCCGAUCAGGACUUCUGUUUCCUGCAACUGGAGGAGUGGUUUAGUAAAGCUACAGAACAGCAGGUCAACAACCUUCCCAAAAUGCUGCAGGAGGCCGGUAUAAAGAGCCACAACCUGACCAUCAAAAUCGAGCAUAGGCUUAAGAAGAUCCAAGAUGAAGUCCGUAUAUGCAGGAACACUUUUUUUGAUCACAAGUGAUUCCUCUCUUUCCUUCAAGUUCACAUUUUAUUGCAUUGCACUUGUAUUUAUGGAUAAAAUAGUCAAAACUUGAUGAAGUAAAACCCACAAGUCUCCGGACUGCAAUGUUAAUAAGCGUACACAUGAGAUUGGUCAAUUUUACACUGAGGGUCAAGUUAAAAGUCUUUUACCAGAAAAAAAUCGCAAAAAAAAACACACUGAAUUUUUUUUUUUUUAUUAUUCUGUGUUUCCUGAUAAUUUUUUGUCCCUAGUCUUUUUUAAAGAAGAUAUAAUAUGUUCGAUAUUUAUGUUGUUUUUGUUUGUUUGUUUCGUUUUGUUUGAAAUGUCUGUACAUUAAAUACAUUUCUAGCUAUCUGUAAAUCAGUGGCUAACUUUUUUUUCCAUUAUGUUGUACAGAUAAAACAAAUGAGCAGCUAAUAUUUUAUUAUUGCCUUUGACUGUCAUUUUUUUUUUUUUGCGACAUUGCUUUUUUUAAAAA